AUGACGUGCACUGCCAAGAAAUGUGGGAUUAGGUUUCAGCCUCCAGCUAUUAUCCUAAUCUAUGAGAACGAAAUGAAAGGGAAAAAUCGCCAGCGCAUCAUGCCUGUCCGGAACUUUUCAAAGUUUUCAGAUUGCAACAGAGCUGCUGAACAAUUAAAGAAUAAUCCACGCCACAAGAGUUACCUGGAACAAGUGUCCCUGAGACAGCUGGAGAAAUUAUUCAGUUUUUUACGAGGUUACUUGUGGGGGCAGAGUUUGGCCGAAACAAUAGAACAGUUUCAACGGGAAACAACCAUUGAUCCUGAGGAAGACCUGAACAAGCUAGAUGACAAGGAACUUGCCAAAAGGAAGAGCAUCAUGGAUGAACUUUUUGAGAAAAAUCAGAAGAAGAAGGAUGAUCCAAAUUUUGUUUAUGACAUACAAGUUGAAUUCCCACAGGAUGAACAGCUGCAGUCCUGUGGCUGGGACACAGAGUCAGCUGAUGAGUUCUGA